AGAAGACUAGUGGCUAUUAACUUGGCCGCCAUUGUUUCCACCGGGACAUCAUUUCUUUUUCCAUUGAAAUGAAUCAUCUGUUGGAGCCAGGCUUGGAGGUUUUGCGAAUAUAUAUUUCCAAAACGAUGAAGUUUCUUUCGUGGAGACCUUCUUCUUCUUCUUCUUCCACUCCAAUAUUGGUGUUUCUUAUGAUAUAUGUUCAUGUAUGGACUGCAAAAGCUUUGGUAAAGCUACCGCCUAACACAACAGUUCCAGCACUUUUGGUAUUUGGAGAUUCCAUAGUUGAUACAGGUAAUAACAACAAUCUCCAAACGAUAGUCAAGUGCAACUUCCCACCAUAUGGGAUGGAUUUCAAAGGAGGAAUUCCGACAGGAAGGUUCUGCGAUGGAAAGGUUCCUUCAGACAUCAUAGCUGAAGAAUUAGGAAUCAAGGACACCGUGCCUGCCUAUUUGGACCCAACAGUGACGCCUGCUGAUCUCGCAACAGGAGUAACCUUUGCUUCAGGCGGCACAGGAUAUGAUCCCAUGACACCAAAGCUAGCGUCAGUCAUAUCCUUAGCCGAUCAAUUGGAACACUUCAACGAAUACAUACAGAAGCUGAGAGGAUUUGUUGGAGAAGAAAAAACAAACUUCAUCUUAGCAAAUAGCCUGUAUCUACUGGUAGCAGGCAGUGAUGACAUAGCCAACACCUAUUUUGUUCUACGUGCUAGGAAAUUACAGUAUGAUGUUCCUGCAUACACCGAUCUAAUGGCAAAUUCUGCUUCUAGUUUUGUCCAGGAUUUAUAUAACCUGGGAGCAAGGAGGAUAGCAGUUUUCAGUGCACCACCGAUUGGAUGCGUGCCAUCCCAGAGAACUUUGGCAGGGGGAUCUCUAAGAGAUUGCGCAGAAAACUACAAUCAAGCAGCAACCUUAUUCAACUCCAAAUUGUCUAAGAAGAUAGAUUCUUUUAAUACUACGCUCCCUAACAACAAGAUUGUCUACGUAGAUGUCUACAAUCCUCUCUUCAAUCUCAUCCAAAACCCUAAUAAAUAUGGUUUUCAAGUUGCAAAUAGAGGAUGCUGUGGAACGGGAGAUUUAGAGGUUGCUAUUUUAUGUAAUAAAUUAACUGCAGUCAUUUGUGCUAAUGUUUCUGAUUAUGUAUUUUGGGAUAGUUAUCAUCCCACAGAAAGAGCUUAUAGAGUACUCAUCUCACAACUCCUCACUAAGUAUGUGGAAAAAUUCUUCUGAUUCCAUAUU